GCGCUGCUCCGUUAGAGUCAGUCCCCCGGGACGGGCGGCCCGGAGCGGUGUCACCGCCGAGGCAGCUCUGACACGGCUGUGCUGAUCUCACUGUAAGUUUGCCCUUGCCGAGAAUGUCGGAGGAGAUGCAGGUCUGUUGCUGCUGUCCACUCUGGGCUGUAUGAAAAAUUAUAGCCAGGUCACACUGACUGGUUGCUCAAAGGCCUUGCUGCAAGGAGGACUGUCCAAUUAGCAUCAGAGCCAGGAGAAGAAAAAAGGUCCUCACAGCGAGAGCACUGUCAGGCACAAAGCUGCUCGGGGGUCACCAGCCCAAGUACAGUCUUUGAGGUAGAGAAGAUUUCCUUGGAAGUUCUGCAGAGUCCUGGCAAUCUGUGUCCAGUAAUGUUGUCACCAUCUCUCAGCGAACCGAACUGGUGCUUCAAGAAUGCGGGAUCUCCCCUCAAAACUCCAAAGAAAUUAAUGUGCAUUUCCAUUCAAUCAGCUGAGGUUUUCCAGGUGCUUUCAGUGAUGCCGGGAGACAACAACAAUCCCUGAGUUGAAUUCUGCUGAAAGAGGGGACACUUGGAGGCUUUGGUUUCUUUAUGCAAGGACUGCCCAGAGGAUGACAUCUAAGGAUGCUUCAGGUGAAGCUAAUAGUAACUGGAGAUGACUUUGGCUAUUGUCCUCGGAGAAACCAAGGCAUCGUGGACUGUUUCCUGGCCGGUGCGAUAUCUAACGUGUCCCUUCUAGUCAACGGAAGCGCUGCAGCAGAUGCAGCGAAGCUGGCAAGGAGUGUCACAACUGGGCUAAAAGAAGGGACCCACUUGCUUCAGACACAGAGAAGUUUCAGCAGAGGGCUGAUCCAUCACCAAACGACAAACCUACUGAUAGCAACUGCCAGAGAAAAACAAAACUGGAACAGCAGGUACAGCAUCCCAAUAGGCCUUCAUGCCAACCUUUCUGAGGGCUCCCCUGUGUGUGAGGUGCUCAAAACAAACUCUUCUCUGCUCAACCAAGAUGGAUUCUUCCAUGGAAAAAUGGGAUUCAGAACAGCUCUAUCAAGAGGUCUCCUGAACAUGUCAGAGGUGAAGCAGGAGCUAAAGGCCCAGGUGGAGCUGUUCCAUGAGCUGACAGGUCACCUACCUCCUCACAUGGAUGGGCACCAGCACGUCCACGUCCUCCCAGAGGUCAGGCAUGUGUUUGCAGAGGUGUUAGAGGAAUAUGGGAUUAAGUACACUCGUGUCCCAGUAGAGCCAGGCCUUCAUAACUGUGACUGGAUUCCACCAUCCCUGAUGGACUUUUAUCUGGGAGUAGAAGAAGAUUCUUUUAACACAGUGGAUGUGUUUACAAAGCAUGGAAUAAGGUGGCCUGACAUUUACAUAGGCCUGAGCACCAUGGGCAAGAACAUGUCUGUGAGCAGCAUCUGGAGUGCCAUCAACUCUGCCAUCGUGGAGGUCACAUCCAGGGCGCCCUCGCCUGCACACCCGGCAUUGCAGAGCAGGACAGUGACCAUUGAACUGAUGGUGCAUCCGGGGUACCCCAGUGUCCCACCCGUUGGUGGCUGUGGGGAAGGACCGGAUGAUUUCUCCCAGUCCUGGGAGCGCCUCCAUGAACUCCAGACGUUAAUUAAGCCGGAGCUGCAGAGCCAUUACAAAAGCAGGAACAUUCAGCUGUGUUCAUUCAAAGAUCUUUAAAUAAACGAGCAGACAUCCACCCACCCAUCCAUCCAUCCAUCCAUCCAUCCUCUGAAGCCAGGUAGUUGCUGGUGUCCAGACAAGCCAGACCACUGUUACCAGUGUCACACUCCCUGGCACAGCUGACAGGAGCUGAGAACAGCCUGGGAAUGGAAGAGCAUUACCUUGUGAGCAGCUCCAGGCAGUGCCCCAGAGCCACGACUGCCAGUUUUUAGGCCACAGCAUCUGCUCUGAAUGUGACAUACCCCUUCUAUGACACCCCAACGCAAUGCAGGACAGCGACCAAGGCCCAGCUGCCUCCCAGGGCUCAGCUCCUGUCAACGAAGGACCACCGCAGAGGUGUGCUCUGUUCUGAGACGCUUUGCACCAUCAUUUCUCUUUUUAGACUUAAUGGUCCAUAGGUACGAUAGGUACCAUCAUUUCUCUUUUUGGACUUAAUGGCAAAAAAAUAAACAUUCUGGGGGAGCAGGUGCUGCUUUGGAGCAGCCGUUUGGUGUAGGUCAUGGGAGGCCUAGAAACCUUCAGCAUUUGGUUUUCCUAAAGCACUGUCAUGGUCCCUGCCCCUCCACUUAUCCCUGCUCAUAGAUGGGGAGAGGCGCAGGGCACGUCACCUUCAGAGUAUUCCUCUGCUCAGAGCAGUCAGAUAAUACACGUGGCACAGUGGGAUCUGCAGUCCCUUCCAGGAGCCACCUCAGCUGGGAGUAAUUUUGUCCCUGCCUAUUUACGUUGCCUCUUGGCAUUAAGCUCCUGUAGGAAAGUAACAUUGGCCACAGCCCUUUCAGAGAGGCUUUCUUAUUUUUUGGAUGACUUUGCAAGAACAGCAACUGUUGACUCAUCUGCUAUUUCAGUAACUGCUGUGUACAAGAGCAGUUGCAGCAGCAACUGAUCCUGCCCCGCCCACUGCCCCUCAGGACAAACACAGGGACAGCCCUGUGCCAGCUA